UCCCGGGCCAUGUGCUCGCUCGCGUCGGGCGCCUCGGGCGGCCGCGGCCCCGUGCGGGAGGACGAAGACGACGAGGAGCUGCCGGAGCUGUGGGAGAGCGGCGACGAGACCGCGUGGGAGGAGGAGGAGGAGGACGCCGACGCGGGGCUCCCCCGGCACCCGCGGCAGACCCCGUGCCUGUUCUGUCACAGGUCAUUCACAUCAGCUGAGGAAACGUUCUCCCAUUGUAAGGUGGAGCAUCAAUUUAACAUCGACAGCAUGGUCCACAAGCAUGGACUUGAAUUUUAUGGAUAUAUAAAACUAAUAAAUUUUAUUAGACUUAAGAAUCCAACAGUUGAGUAUAUGAAUUCCAUAUACAACCCAGUGCCUUGGGAGAAGGAAGAGUAUUUGAAGCCAGUAUUAGAAGAUGAUCUGCUCCUUCAAUUUGAUGUAGAAGAUCUUUACGAGCCAGUGUCUGUCCCAUUCUCAUACCCCAGUGACCUCAGUGAAAAUUCCUCUGUGGUUGAGAAGUUGAGGCACAUGGAGGCCCGGGCACUGUCUGCAGAGGCUGCACUGGCCCGAGCGCAGGGUGAUCUGCAGAGGAUGAGACAAUUUGCUCAGGAUUUUGUGAUGAACGCAGAUGUCGGAUCCCGCGCCUCACCCGCUAAUGCCAUUGUGGACCUGCAGGAGGACGAGGAUGGCGUUUACUUCAGCUCCUAUGGGCAUUAUGGGAUCCAUGAAGAGAUGCUGAAGGACAAGGUACGCACAGAGAGCUACAGAGACUUUAUAUACCAGAAUCCACAUCUCUUCAGAGACAAGGUGGUUUUGGAUGUUGGGUGUGGAACUGGAAUUCUCUCCAUGUUUGCUGCCAAAGCUGGCGCAAAGAAAGUUCUUGGAGUUGACCAGUCUGAAAUACUUUACCAGGCUAUGGAUAUCAUAAGGCUAAAUAAGCUUGAAGAUACCAUUACCCUGAUUAAAGGAAAGAUAGAAGAAGUUCACCUUCCUGUUGAAAAGGUGGAUGUCAUUGUAUCGGAGUGGAUGGGCUAUUUUCUUCUUUUUGAGUCUAUGUUAGAUUCUGUCCUUUAUGCAAAGAAUAAAUACUUGGCAAAAGAAGGAUCAGUGUACCCUGACGUUUGCACCAUCAGCCUGGUGGCUGUGAGUGACUUGAGUAAGCAUGCUGAUAGAAUUGCUUUCUGGGAUGAUGUCUAUGGUUUCAACAUGUCCUGCAUGAAGAAGGCAGUUAUUCCAGAAGCAGUUGUAGAAGUUCUGGAUCCAAAGACUCUGAUUUCAGACCCUUGUGUUAUUAAGCAUAUAGAUUGCCAUACCACAUCUCUGUCAGACUUGGAAUUUUCUUCAGACUUCUCCUUGACAAUCACCAGGACAUCCACGUGUACGGCGGUUGCUGGCUACUUUGAUAUAUAUUUUCAAAAGAAUUGCCUCAACAAGGUCGUGUUCUCCACCGGGCCUCAGAGCACCAAAACACACUGGAAACAAACAAUAUUUCUACUGGAAAAGCCGUUUUCAGUUAAAGCAGGGGAAGCCUUGAAAGGAAAAAUCACAGUUCACAAGAACAAGAAAGAUCCUCGUUCGCUCAUCGUGACACUGACCUUGAACAGUUCAACCCACACUUACAGCCUCCAGUGAGCAGGACAGCGUCCAGCCACCACGAAGCGUGAAGCACAACUUGCAUUUCUGGUGUAGGGUGAGGUGGGCCAGUGGGACAGGUAGACUCACAGCAGUGAGGGAUGGCCGGGCCUUUCCCAGCAAUCUAGAGCUCAAAGUUGGGGAUCUCAGCUGAAAACAGGGAGCUACUAACCCCUGCACUCCCCAGGGGUCCUAGUCUCAGAAGUCAGCUGACCACAUUUACUGAGAGUCACCCUUCCCUUGCUGAGCUGGACACUGUUUGAAUUGGCUUACUUUUGGGACAGUCUUACAGUCUCCUUGUUUUGUUUUGUUUUUAUACAUUUCUUACUAUAAAUUGUAAGCAGUAAUAAUGUAUUAACUUGGGCUGUUUUAUUAAACUAGCAGCACAAAGAAGGGCACAUAUGCUGCGCUGCUCUGAGGAGGGGUGUUCAGAACAAGCUUGUUGGUAGUUGGGUCGAUUCGGUCCUCCAGCCAGAGAGCACCAAGCACACAGCACAGCUCCUUCCCUGCAUCCUCCGCGGAUGUCUGGCUGGCCUCUUCAGCCCCCGCACUCCUCACUUGUUCUGCUCCUCACUGGUCAGUGUUCUGUACCCGUGGCUGCUGCCACCCUGCCCGUGGAGGCAGAGCCCCUAUACAAACCUGGUUUCAGACUCUUCUGCAGAGGCUGAACGCUGCUCCGACCAGCCUUGUACCUUUUGCAAAUGAUUGAUGUGCAGAGCUGCCCUGUGUCUCAGAAAGUUGUGUCACCAUGAAACUCAUUUAUAAUUGGUUUGAAAGAAAUGGAAAUACUUAAUAAAAUGUAUAAGACAAUUUUUAGCAUUAAAAUAUUCCAUAAUGCC